GCUUCGUGUUUAGUGACAGGUACAAAUUCCGGACCUGGCGGCAGCUCUGGCUGUGGCUAGCGGAGGCCGAGCAGAGCUGCAUAUAAAGCUGUUCAGCUCAGUGCUUUCAGAAAUAGCUCCAGAGGGGCCUUCCCAGAGGAUUUGAAGGAAGCUGAAGGUGAUCCAGAGAGCUAUAAAGUUUCGGAGGAAAAUGCCACAACAGGCAAGAUGGCAGUGUCCUCUCAAAGGGCAUCAGUAAACUUGGAAACAAUCUGAGCACGUGCCUGGGACCGAGACAUUGGGUUUGCCUAUCACAGAUGAACAGAUCCAGGAGAUGAGGUCAAACCUGGACAACAUCGACUUCAAGAUGGCAGCUGAGGAGGAGAAGCAGUUGCGACAUGAUGUGAUGGCUCACGUGCACACGUUUGGCCACUGCUGCCCAAAAGCUGCAGCCAUAAUUCAUCUUGGCGCCACCUCCUGCUACGUUGGAGACAAUACGGACCUGAUUAUUCUUAGAAACGCAUUUGAUCUGCUUUUGCCAAAGCUUGCUAGAGUGAUCUCUCGGCUUGCUGACUUUGCUAAGGAACGAGCUGAUCUUCCCACCUUAGGUUUCACACAUUUCCAGCCUGCUCAGCUGACCACAGUUGGGAAACGUUGCUGUCUUUGGAUUCAGGACCUUUGCAUGGAUCUCCAGAACUUGAAGCGGGUCCGAGAUGACCUGCGCUUUCGGGGCGUGAAGGGCACCACUGGCACUCAGGCCAGCUUCCUGCAGCUCUUCGAGGGAGAUGACCAGAAGGUAGAGCAGCUUGACAAGAUGGUGACAGAAAAGGCAGGAUUUAAAAGGGCUUUCAUCAUCACAGGGCAGACCUACACACGGAAACUGGAUAUUGAGGUGCUGUCCGUGCUGGCUAGCUUGGGGGCAUCUGUGCACAAGAUUUGUACCGACAUACGACUCCUGGCAAACCUCAAGGAGAUGGAGGAACCCUUCGAAAAACAGCAGAUUGGCUCAAGUGCGAUGCCAUACAAGCGGAACCCUAUGCGCUCUGAGCGGUGCUGCAGCCUCGCCCGUCACCUGAUGACCCUUAUCAUGGACCCGCUGCAGACGGCCUCUGUGCAGUGGUUUGAGCGCACACUGGAUGAUAGUGCCAAUCGACGUAUCUGUUUGGCUGAGGCAUUUCUUACUGCAGAUACGAUACUGAAUACGCUGCAGAACAUUUCUGAAGGAUUGGUGGUGUACCCUAAAGUAAUUGAACGACGCAUUCGGCAAGAGCUGCCUUUCAUGGCCACAGAGAACAUCAUCAUGGCCAUGGUGAAAGCUGGGGGUAACCGCCAGGAUUGCCAUGAGAAAAUCAGAGUGCUUUCGCAGCAGGCAGCUGCUGUGGUCAAGCAGGAAGGGGGUGACAAUGACCUCAUAGAGCGAAUUCAGGCCGAUGCCUACUUCAGUCCCAUUCACUCCCAGCUGGACCAUCUACUGGAUCCUUCUUCGUUUACAGGUCGUGCAUCCCAACAGGUGCAGAGAUUCUUAGAAGAGGAGGUAUAUCCCCUGCUGAAACCAUAUGAAAGUGUAAUGAAGGUGAAAGCAGAAUUAUGUCUGUAGCGUUGGAAAAAAUUAAACAAGAAGUCUUUGGCUUCAUUAACUUUUA